GCUGCUCCUGAGGAUCGCGUUUGUGCUGUGGGCGAGGGCCAAUACUGUGAUUUCCUCAUGCUUCCGGAGCGGGCUGUAUUCUUGUACGCCGACAUUGCUUCUCGUCUUCAGCUGCCUGUGAACCGAUUGUGGGUUACGCCUGCUUUGCCACAGGUUCGUGAUUCGGCUUUAUACGGUCGUCUCUCUCGCAAUGUGGUUGGUUUCGGAGCUAGUCUCAGGCGUGAUCCCGCUCAGCGUAUUGCUGUCGCGCUUCUGGACUGCCGGCCGAUCUUUGAGGGUUGGAUUCGUGUGCCCUCUGAUGAAGGUUGGCUUGAUAUUCGUGGGCUUCGUAAUGACCUCCUCAAGGGUGCUCCUCCGGAGCUCGAUGUUCGCUUUUCUGGGUGCUUGGCACAUUGGAAUUGGCUAUGGGUUGAGGAUGGGCAGGUUGUUCAGGUUACCUAUGCCGCGGCCGAUACCGACGCGACCAUCCCCUUGCCGGGCCUUAGCCAGAAUGCGGGUGACAGCCCACUUGUUGCCGAAGAUGCUGCCGAUUCGGUUUCGUUACAGCCUUCCGCGAUUCCAGGCGCUCACGAUGCAUCUCGAGACAUGUACCCCAGUGCCCACUCAUCACAUGAUCCCGCCUCCCACGGAUCUACAUGGGGUUUGCAACCCGGCUUGCCUGGCCGCCGCCAGUUGCUCUCGCGCAGCCUUCUCGACAUGUGGACCGCAGAGUCUUCUCACCACGCCCUUCUACUGGGCACCCUGUGGCUCACCUCUGUCGUUGCUGCUUUUUGCUGGAAGCAUUCCUUUUUGGCUUGCUUGCUGUUCGGUGCUCUACGUUUUCCCCGUGCACCACUUCUGUUGAGGGUCGUCUGGAUCGCCGCAGCAUGUUCCAGACUGAACGCUGUUACCGCGGUCCAGUUUCGGUUCCCGGACCACUCUGACACACCCUCCUGCCCCUCGGCUGCCUGUGUGCGUGCCCCCCCCCUUGCUCCUGUCUGCCCGGCGCACGAGACUGCGGUGCGCACUCUGCCUACUCCCUGCCGAAGUUGGUCUGGGAUUCCGCGUGUGGACGAGGGAGCAGAUCGGCCCUUAGAGGUUGAUCUAGAUGGUACUCUUCUUGAACAAGCCAUCCGAGCUCCUGACGGCGAGGCCUUUUUUCUGGCAGCCACAUUGCUCGACACCCUUAUUGAACAUUUUGACUCGCAGCCUGGGGUGACUGGGCCCCUGAGUCCCUCUCCUGCUUUGAUCAGUCUCGAGCAGCUCCUGCCGAUAGGUGUUGAGGAACAGCGCACUGGCAUGACCUUCGAGCCCGCAGUUCCCCUUGCCGUUGCAGUACCCGAGGCCGAGGUCUUCGAUCUUGACGCUCGUCAGUGCCAGCUCCCGUGUGGAAGCACCGCUGUCAGGGACCUUUUCGCAUGCUCAUCCUUCUCUGCCCUUCUCUCUGUGCCGGCUGGCCUUUUCAAGCCUGAAAGGUUCGAGGCUUGGGUAUGCCAAGGUUCGUUCGGCCGUUCGCUUGCACCAGAAGAGAUCCUUGUGUUGACCUCGGAUGGUUCCUUUUCUGAGGAAGCCCGGACUGCCGGGUGGGCUGUUUCUGUCUCGGCUGUGUCCUCAUACACGCUGCGCUUGCCCGGGCAAUUUCUUGGCUGCUUCGGCGGCAGCAUGGCAGCUCUUUCACCAUUCCUCCCACAUGGCACGUUGUUGCUGGACCCGUAUAUUGCUGAGGUCGCUGGCCUCCUCUAUGCAGGUAUUGCUGCAGCACAGCUUCCCUGGCACGGGAGUGUGCUUUUCAGAGCUGACAAUACCUCCGCCCUGGCCGGUGUACAGGGCCUUGCUAACACUCCUUCGCACCCGUUAUGCCUUUUGGCACGGGAUCUCCAUGCAGCCCUUCAGGUCGGCCAUCACUGUCAGCCUAGAUACCAACACGUGCCUGGGCACUCAGGUGACGAGGCUAACGAGCUAGCUGACGCCUUGGCGUCAUACUUUGCUAGUACAGGUCGGUUCGCCUCACCGUUUUGCCUCGACUUGUCCUAUUGGUGUGAUCAACAGAGCUCUCGCUCACAAUGGUUGUCUCACAUCUGCAUGACUCUUUCUCGUGAGGCUGAGUUCCCUGCUCUUCACGAGGACGUGCAUUCAUGGUCCCAAGGCUCAGGUGUGUGCUCGUACUCCCCUGAGUUUGCCAUGGCCCCUUUUCUUCGCGAUGUUGUUCAGGGUCCCACUGUGCAGGAGGCACGCACUGUCCAACUGUGCCUUGUUUCCUAUAAUGCCCUAUCGUUGCUCGGAGAUGUGCCUUCGGUGCAGCCGGCCUCGGAUGGCCUGCAUGGUGCCACUGGCAGGGUUGUUCUGCUUUCACGCGUGUUGGAGGCCAAAGGAGUUCUAGUUGCAGGCCUCCAAGAAUGUAAGACUCCUCGAGGCUCCAUGACGUGCGGACCUUUUCGCAGGUUGGCCUCAGGUUGUGACUCCGAUGCCUGUUUCGGCGUGGAGUUAUGGAUCCAUCGGCACUCGCCUAUCGAGGCUAUGUCUGCGGUUGUACUUCAUGCCGAGCCUACACUGCUAAUUGCAAGUGCUACUUUUGCGGGCGAGUCUAUCCGACUCCUCGUCGGUCAUGCCCCGCAUCGCGUGCACACUGAAGCCGUUAGGCGCGACUGGUGGGAGCGCACCCUACGAUUGUGCCGUACUUUCUCCGGAGCUGCACCUUGGAUCCUUCUCAUGGAUGCCAAUGCGAGGCUAGGCAGUGAAACUAGCUCGGCAGUGGGCAGCUGGGAGGCCGAUGUGCAGGAUCUCAGCGGCGAAAUGCUGCACCAGCUUUUGUCCUAUUUGGCCUCGUGGAUCCCUGCGACGUUUUCCGGUUGCGCCCUUGGGGACGGCCACACUCUUUAUCAAAAACGGAAUGCUACUUUCGCGCGUUCGGACUAUGUCGGUGUUCCCCUUGCUUGGUCAGCUGGGACCCUUCAGGCGUGGGUGGAUCCUGAAAUUUCCGCUGGUCAUAUGUGCAUCGACCAUUUUGCAGCUGUGGUGUCUGCGAGGCUCGCACUUCGCACCAGCUCGCGAAAAGCCAAGCCUACGCGCAUUUCUGCCAAUGCCUUGGCCGACCCCGAAAACGCGCCCUGUAUUGAGGCCAUCAUCAGGGAGGCUCCUCACCCCUCGUGGGAUGUGGAUGCGAGUGAGCACGCUGCGCUUGUUGUUGAUCAUCUGUACACGGCGCUUGCGCACCAGUUCCCAACGUCCAAGAGUUGCCUUACGGGCUACCGCCUUGAGGACCUUCAUGUUCAGGUCCGACGGGUUCUCAAACCGAAGCGCUAUCGGAAGCCAGGAGCGGAUCCCCUGCCCCUCCUUACCAAAGCGGAUGGGAGUGUUUGUGAGUCCUUCGAGGAAUCCCUGUCUACCUGGAGGUCGCAUUUCGCCGACUUAGAGGACGGUGAGGUAGUUCCUGUCGGGGACUUGGUGCGAGGCUGCCGCGCCAGGCAUGCUGCUUUCGUUGGCACCGACUUGCUCGAUUUCAGGGACGCCCCAUCCUUCCGCCACUUUGAACAGGCCUUGCGAGCCUCGGCACCAGGCAAGGCGGCUGGCCCUGACUUGCUGCCUCCCACGCUAUCCAUCGCACUGCUCGACCCCUCGCUGUCGGCCACUGGUUGCCGCGUGCGCACAGGGCUUUCCUGUGCUGUCAUGUUCCUUGAUCUGAUGAGUGCCUAUUAUGGGGUCAUCCGGGAAACUGUCAUGGGAUCUGGCUUGGGCGACCGCCCUCUUUCCGAAAUUGCCUCCUCGUUAUCUCUUACUUCGGAGGACUUGCAGUUGCUGCGACACUAUGUGUCCUGCGAGCCUGUGUUGCAGUCGCAGGACGCGGGUGCUCUCUUGUCUGAGCUUACUCGCGAAAUGCAUUCUUCCACGUGGUUCAUCCUCUCUCAGGAUGACAAAGUAGUGAACACUCACAGAGGUACGAGACCAGGUGGUGCAUUAGCUGAUAUCGUCUUCAAUGUCUUGUUCAGCAAGGUUUUGCAGCGUCGGGAUUUUUCAGGGUUUCGCCAUGCGAUACCGACCAUCCCUUGGGACGGCCAUCGGGCCCCCUUCUCGCCUGCAGCCGAUGUUGUCCCGGUGCCUGGUGUGCCUCAGACUGUUGGUGAUGUCGUCUAUGCUGAUGAUUUAGCCAGCCUGGUUGUCAGUGACACGGCUGAUGGCCUCCGUUCUGCUUUGUGCGGGGUCGCGGCAGCCACUUUGGAUGUGCUUGGCCCACAUGGUCUUCGCCCUAACUAUGGGCCGAAGAAAACUGCUGCGAUUGUUGCGGUUCAGGGCCGGGGUUCGCGCAAAGUUCGUCGUGUUCUGUUCGGGGAUCUUCGUGCCAAGCUGCCGGUUUUCCUUGAGAACUCGGGUGCUGUCCGGAUUGACCUUGUCACUCAAUACAAGCAUCUGGGAUCCCAUCUCUCCUUUGACGGUAGUCUCCUGCCUGAAGUCAAAUACCGUCUUGCCUUGGGCCGAGCCUCCUUCAAGGAAGGUCGCCAGCGGUUGUUUGCCUCGCGACGAAUCCCGAUGGAGCGGCGUGCCUUCCUGUUUCGUGCGUAUGUGCUUUCCGCUGUCCUUGCGGGAGCAGGUACCUGGCCUUGGCUCUCCGCUUCUGAAUGGAGCGCCUUUUCAGGAGGGGUAAUCGGCCUAUAUCGGCAGUUGCUUUGCUUGAAGGCUGAAGGUGGCUACGAGGUCACGACCAACCAAAUUCUCUCUCGAUGCGGACUGCCCUCCCCGACAUCCUUGCUUUCCACCGCGAGGCUGCGGUUUGUUGCCCAACUUGUUCGGAAUGGACCCGACGCUUCUUGGGCUGUUCUCAGCUGGUACACGCCGUUUCAGCGAUCUUUAGAGUCUGCUUGUCGGUGGCUUUUGCAGGCUGUGUCCGGCACCUCUUCUUUGGGGGACCCUUCUUCCGACUGGGGGUCUUGGCGUUCGCUCAUCCUUGACCGCCCCGGCCAAUGGAAGGGGUUACUCAAGCGUGCUGAAGCGUGGCAUUCAGAGGUUGACAAGAUGCUGGCUUUGUUUGAUUCCUCCGCCCGACGCCUUUGGUCGCCUUGUGAGCCCUCCCCCUCAGUCGUUGGUCUUGCCGGCUGCCUGCACGCUUGCCUUGUUUGUGGACUGGCGUUCCGUACGCAGCAGGCUUGGGGAGCUCACGCACACCGUGCGCAUGGCUAUCUUAGCCCCGCACACCUAUGCGCUAGUGGUCGACGUUGUCCCGCCUGCGGCCUCACUCUCGCCAGUAUUACCCGUCUGCGCAAACACUUCAAAACCUCUGCGGUCUGUCUCCAGGCGGCUCAGGGCUGUUUUGAUGUUGAGCUGUUCCCUCCUGACCUUUCGGUUGGUCAUGAACAGUUUCCCGCUACCGGUGGGGAAGCGCGCUCUGUACUUCCCUGCGCGCAACCUGUGAUUUACCAUCCUUUGGCGAUUGCUCUCGCCAAGGUCACCUCUGCUGAUGAUGAGACCCUCUUUGGUAUUGUUAAGAAUCAUAUUGCCCCGUUGCCGGUCUUGCGUCUUACCUUGCAGCAAUGGGUUGAUUCCUUGCCCGACGGUGCUUUACAGGCCGCUGGACGCGAUGUGUUGCUGAUUUUGCACGCUGAGCACCUGUGCUCGCGCAUCUCAGGCCCAGCGCCCGGCAGUGCCGAGUCCUCCCCUGCAUUUUCACCCGCAGUGUACCCGUUACCUGCUACCUUGCCGGUUGCAACCGCGCAUGUUGCCUGGAUUGGGCAUUUGUGUCCGCGUUGGGUCGACUCCUGGGGCCUGGUUUCUCUACCCCCUGCCGUGUUGACCUGGCCUUUGGGUCAGUCUCGCCUGCUGUCUGGAGCAGCGGCUGUCUGUUGCCAUGUGCCGGACCCUCCCUUUCCUUUCUCUCGCGCUUCCGAGCCUGCUCCGUGUCAGCUUCGAUCCCUGCGUGCCAACCGUGUCUGGUUGGAUCAGGUCUUGGCUUCCGUUGAGCUGCUUCUUCAGCGCGCCCGGGCCGGAGCCCCUGUGCUUGUUCGGAUUCCAGUGCCAGCCUCUGUGUUGUCGCCCUUUUCCGAUUGGCUUUCCUUACAGGCGGCUUCCUCGAGCCCGAAUGUCAGCUGUUUCACCCUGGAAUUCGUUUAG